AUGGCACCACCGGCAGCGGACGUCGACCUCGUGUCUCACACGAGCACGGGACCCAUCCAGGUCAAGAAGGUGGUCGCUCAAAGCGCGCUCAAAGAGCCGCUCACGUACUCGGGCUCCCUGGACGAAUACAAGUCCUUCGACGUGACAAAGGUGAUUGGAAGGGAGUUUCCGGACCUGCAGCUCAGCGACAUCUUGCACGACGAUCGGAAGAUCCGCGAUCUGGCCAUCACGGUGUCUCAACGUGGUGUCGUCUUCUUCCGCAACCAGGACUUGAGUAUUGAAGACCAGAAGAUCUUGGGCUCCAAGCUCGGCGAACUCACCGGCAAGCCCGAGACCUCCAAGCUCCAUCGCCACGCUCUAAGCAACAGCAAGCGCGGCAUUGCGGUCGACGAGAACGGCAAGCUCGACGAUGAGGUGUCGAUUAUUUCUUCCGAGCAAAACCGCAAGUUUUACAAGGAUCGGUUCUCCGCGCAAUCGAAGCUUCUGGCCAGUCAAGGCUGGCAUGCCGAUAUCACCUUUGAACGCAUCCCGUCCGACUACGCCAUCCUCAAAAUCAUCAAGAAGCCCGAAGACGCCGGGGGCGACACGCUCUGGGCCUCGGGCUACGAGCUGUACGACCGUCUCUCGCCGUCGUUCCAGAAGCUGGCCGAGAGCCUGACGGCCACGCACCACCAACCCAACUUCGUCAAAGUGGCGCGCGAGUUUGGCGAGGAACUCAUCGAGCAGGAUCGCGGCGCGCCCGAGAACACGGGCAUCGACUUUACGGCAUCGCACCCGGUCGUGCGCACCAACCCCGUCACGGGCUGGAAAUCGCUCUUCGGCGCGGGCCACCAGAUCGAGCACGGCUGGAUCGACGGCGUGACGCCGCGCGAGUCGGACAUCCUGAAGGCGUACUUCCUGCAGCUCAUCACGGACAACCACGACCUGCAGGUGCGGUUCCGGUGGAACGAGAACGAUCUGGCCGUGUGGGAUAAUCGAUCGGUGUUUCACACGGCCACGAACGACUAUGACGGGAAGAGGCAGGGCAAUCGCGUCGUCAGCCUGGGGGAACGGCCGUAUUUUGAUCCCAAGUCCGUGUCGAGGAGAGAGGCUUUGGGCUUGUGA